UGGGUAAUUUAGAGCCGCGCGCGGGGCGGGAAUGUAAGAUGGCGGAGUAGCAGCGUGCAUAGGUUGGUAUUGAGUCUGUGGGCCGACCUCGGUUGCGCUCUCCGCUGCAGCAGUGAUCGCUUAGCGACGAGUUUCUAGGGCAAGCUGGCUAGGAUGCCGAAUAUCAAAAUCUUCAGCGGCAGUUCCCACCAGGAUUUAUCCCAGAAAAUUGCUGACCGCUUGGGCCUGGAGCUAGGCAAGGUGGUGACUAAGAAAUUCAGCAACCAGGAGACCUGUGUGGAAAUUGGUGAAAGUGUACGUGGAGAGGAUGUCUACAUUGUUCAGAGUGGUUGUGGUGAAAUCAAUGACAAUUUAAUGGAGCUUUUGAUAAUGAUUAAUGCCUGUAAGAUUGCUUCAGCCAGCCGGGUUACUGCAGUCAUCCCCUGCUUUCCUUAUGCCCGGCAGGAUAAGAAGGAUAAGAGACAGAGUUUCACUUUGUCGCCUUCGGUAGAGCACUGUGGCGUCACAGCUCACAGCAACCUCCAUCACCUGGGCUUAGGCCUCAGCCUUCCGAGUAGCUGGGACUACAGGCACCCGCCACAACGCCCGCCACAACGCCCGGGGCUGGGUUCGAACCCGCCACCCUUGAGCCGGGCCCCAAUUUCAGCCAAACUUGUUGCAAAUAUGCUGUCUGUAGCAGGCGCAGAUCAUAUUAUCACCAUGGACUUACAUGCUUCUCAAAUUCAGGGCUUUUUUGAUAUCCCAGUUGACAAUCUGUAUGCAGAGCCAGCUGUCCUGAAGUGGAUAAAGGAGAAUAUCUCUGAGUGGAGGAACUGCACUAUUGUUUCACCUGAUGCUGGUGGAGCUAAGAGAGUGACCUCCAUUGCUGACCGUUUGAAUGUGGACUUUGCCUUGAUACACAAAGAACGGAAGAAGGCUAAUGAAGUGGACCGCAUGGUACUAGUGGGAGAUGUGAAGGAUCGGGUGGCUAUCCUUGUUGAUGACAUGGCUGACACUUGUGGCACAAUCUGCCAUGCUGCUGACAAACUCCUUUCAGCUGGAGCCACCCGAGUUUAUGCUAUCUUGACUCAUGGAAUCUUUUCUGGUCCGGCAAUUUCUCGUAUUAACAAUGCAUGCUUUGAAGCAGUAGUAGUCACCAAUACCAUACCUCAGGAGGACAAGAUGAAGCAUUGCUCCAAAAUACAGGUGAUUGACAUCUCCAUGAUCCUUGCAGAAGCCAUCAGGAGAACUCACAAUGGGGAAUCUGUUUCAUACCUGUUCAGCCAUGUCCCUUUAUAACAGAAUAACUUUUGAAGCUUUUUAAAAAUAAUGUCAACCCCUGCCCCUUUGUUUUCCCUUGGUAUUUGAUGAUAAAUUCAGCAGAAGACCCAGCUUGCCACAUCAAGCAUAUUAGAGCUUUUCCUAUAUGAGGAAAGACAGAUUGAGAUUAACUGCUGGGAUGUCCUCCCUGUGUUGUCUCAUUCUGGCUUCCUUGAUGAUUUUGUGAACCUUGCAGCUUUAACCAUAUAGCUCAGCUGCUGCAAAAUGUUAGACUUUGAAGAUAUUGUAUAGGGGUGUUUGACUGAUGGGGGAAGCUCAGACUAUUUUGCAUGUGAAUGCUUCAGGGUUUUCUUUAUUCAGAACUAGCUGCAAAGCCAACCCAAGUAGGACAAGAUUGCCAAGAUCUAUGCUAUUCAACAAGAGUAAACUUAGUCCUGGUAGCUGAGCAGGAGCAGACAGGUCAGCUUGAGCAGCCCUUGGUGGGGGGGUGGGGAGGGUAAAGGGUAGGGGGGAGGUGGCACUUAGUGCAUCAAAUGUUUCUUGGGAGGAAGAAGCCUGAUCAUCACCACCUGCUUGACUAUGUAGCUCAGAUUCUCCUUUGCACCUAUUCCUUUCAAUUUGGCCUACCUUUAUCCAUCUUGACCGUUUCCUGGCCAAAUAUCCUCUUGGGCCCAAAUGAACCAUGUACCAUAGUCUUCUGGAAAACCAACUUGCUUCCUGGUGUGUAACUGCUAACAUUCACAUUAGAUGAUUUGCUGUAGCUCAAUCUUUCUUAGCCUACUACUGCUGCAGCAGUAGGUUUUAGGUGAUAUCGUAGUGCCUUUGAAUUCAUUUAAGUAUUUAAUUUUCAUCUUCCUUCCUUGGAUCUGUUUAGCCUCUCAAAUACCUGAGAUUUCUGUUUAAAAAGAUUGAUGUUAUUGUGUCUUGUAGAAGAAACUAAUAAAGUGUCUGUACAUGUGUGA